ACAACAGUGACAAAACCGCCGAGGCACGGUGGCAAGCGCCACCCUAGCCAGCCUAGCACCAUCAACACGCGGCUGGCGGCACCACAAGGUUGUGUUUGGAUUGACACAACACGAAGCCAGAGUUAUAAGAGGAAGGAGGAUUAACGAAGCUGUGGCGCGUGGCUGCGAGUGUUGACAGGGUGUUAUUACGUACCACUAUGGGGAGGAAAGGAAGGAAGCGUGGCAAAAAUAACGGAGGGAGUAGAGUAGAGCGUCCCAAAAAGGAGCGGCCCCCAGGAGUGAGCUAUGAAGAAGUAGUUAGAGAAAAUAAGAAUUUUGAAACAUUUUACAAGGCCCAGAAAGUUGUACCUGAAGGUGAAUGGGAAGAAUUCCUUGCCUGCAUGAAAGAGAAUCUGCCUGCUGCCUUUCGUCUCACAGGAACAAAGGAUAUGGCGUGUGCACUGCUCAGAGUGAUGAAGACAACAUUUUUUGAACCACUUUCUCAGAUUACUCCACCAGAACUCACUCCAGAAGAACAGGAGGCUGGUGAAGAACCUGUCAAACCUCUGAAGCCUUUUUGUUUGCCAUGGUAUCCCAAUAAUCUGGCGUGGCAGCUGAACUUGACCAGGAAAAACAUUCGCCGAUGUGAGGCAUACUGGCAGUUACACCAGUUCCUCAUAUCAGAGACGGAGACUGGCAACAUAUCUCGUCAAGAAGCUGUGAGCAUGAUACCACCUGUUGUCUUGGAUGUUCAGCCACACCAUAAGGUAUUGGAUAUGUGUGCAGCACCAGGCAGCAAGACCGCCCAGCUCAUUGAGUUCCUUCAUAGUGCAGAUGAUGAUCGCUCAGCAGCCAUACCUGAGGGGAUAGUUGUUGCCAAUGAUGCUGACAAUAAGCGUUGUUAUAUGCUUACUCAUCAAGCCAAGCGAUUGCAGAGUCCUGCCAUUAUAAUAACGAAUCAUGACGCUGCCUUCAUGCCAAACAUCCACCAUACACGCAAAGAUGGAAGUGUUGGACCCAUCAAGUUUGACCGUAUUCUUUGUGAUGUUCCGUGUUCAGGAGAUGGCACACUUAGGAAAAAUUUUGAUGUUUGGGCAAAAUGGAACCCUGUUAAUGGAGCAAACUUGCAUGGCUUGCAGUUGAGAAUAGCUCGCCGAGGAAUAGAAAUGUUAGCAGUGGGAGGACGUCUUGUUUACUCCACCUGCUCUCUUAAUCCUCUGGAAAAUGAAGCUGUCAUCCAGAGGCUGCUGAUGGAGGCUGAUGGCUCCAUUCAAUUGGUUGAUGUUUCAAGCCAAUUACCUGGACUGAAGUUCAUGCCAGGUUUGGAAGAGUGGCUACUAAUGAAUCGGGAGAUGGAGGCUAUCAAGUCUGUUACUGAAAUACCUUUGAAGAAUACAAAUCUGUUUAAUAAGCACCUCUUUCCACCCUCAAUGGAAAACAAAGAAAAACUAAAUCUGAAGAGAUGCUUAAGAAUUUUACCACACCACCAGGACACGGGAGGGUUCUUUGUUGCAGUUCUUGAGAAGACCAAGCCUCUCCCUGGUGAAAAGGUUUACAAGGAAAUCAACCAAGAAGAAAUUCCCACUGUGCCAGACACUGCAACUCAAAGAAUUAGACAACCACCUAAAAAGAAGCGGCGCCAGGGUUUCAGAGAAGAACCAUACUAUUAUUUUGAAAAAGAUGAGGUAGUGUGGCCAGGUAUUGAUGCUUUCUAUGGGAUGCAUGAGGAUGUAGAUCCGGGCCUUUUCCUUACCAGGACCAAGGAUGGCAAGAAAAGGAAUAUAUACUUCACCAACAAAUGUAUUAAGGAUGUUGUUGCUCAGAACCAAGAUCACAUCAAGAUAAUCAACACAGGUGUCAAAGUGUUGGUAAGAAGUGACAACAAAGGCUCUCCAUGUGACUUCAGAUUAGCUCAAGAUGGUUCAAGAGUAUUAUUACCAUUAUUCAGCAAACGCAAAAUCUCCGUGACUAAAAAUGACUUGGUCAUAAUGCUGCAGAAUGAUGACAUGGAAAUGCCUCCUGAAAUAGCAACACUUGAUUCCAGAACACAAGAACAAUGUGCAGACCAUUGUAAGUUAUCUGUGUCGUACUGUGAAUGGCAUUUUAUAUAUUAGA